UUAAUAAAAAUGUUCAUCGAACUAUAUGUUUAAGUAAUAAGAUGUGAAAUGUCUCGAAAUAUAUUUUUAAAAUUAACUUACUUUUAAUAUCUUUAUAAUAAUAAAUAAGUAAAUAUUUAUAAUGGAGUCUAAAACUGAGGCUGUAAACAAUCUGCUAUGUAUGGCUUGUUUGUGUGUGGAAAAGUCUUUACAAGAAUUAAAAUCAAUUGAUAUUAUGAAGUAUUAUUUGGAUUGUAUUAGAGAAAUUCCUCACUGUGAUAUACCAAAAUCUAUAACAAUAUGCUGGGAAUGUGAAGCAAUAUUAAAGAGAGAUGUUAGCUUCAGGGAACAAGUAAAAGAUUCAUAUAGGAUACUGCAGACUUACACAAGUGAGAAUCUUGUAGAACGUCUUCUCUCAGAUGUAUCUAGGCCUCCUAGAUUGAAAGUUGUUGUUAAUAAAAAUAUUAACAUAGUACCAAAUAAUGAUUGGUCCCAAGAAUGGAGUCAAUUGGAUUGUGUUAAAGAUGAAUUAAAAAUUGAAGAUGAUACAGUCAGCAAUCAUUUGGAAGAAAUAGACACUUUACUAUCUGACAAUUCAGAUGUAGAACAAGAUAGACAUACAGAGAUAUCUAAUAUUCAGAAUAAUGAAAAGACUGAUGGAAUAACUUCAAGAGAUAUUGAUACAAACAAACCAGAAGAUUUACAGAUUGUUUGUGUUAAAGAUGAAUUGAAAAUUGAAUAUGACAAAGAUUUACAAGAAUAUUCUGACACAAAAGAGUCAACAUCAGAUUGUUCCGAUUUAGAACUGGAAACUGAAUUACAGAAGUUUAUAAGUUCAAAGAAUAAAAAGAGUAAAAGAGAAAGAGGUAAAGUUAAAAAGAGUAAGAGUACCAAAAAGUUGAAAAAACCUUUAGACGACAGUGAAAAGAAGAUAUUAAUAAUUGAAUUGACUUACGAAGAGAUGUUAUUAGAGAGGGAGAAAGAGAAAACAAGAGAUGUAUUUACUAAAGCGAAAUAUAAAUGUGAAAGUUGUAUUAUUGGAUAUAAUAGUAAUAAAACAUAUAACACACAUAUGAACAAACAUAAAUCUGAUUUAGGUACACACAGAUGUCCUAUAUGCAGUAUUUCUCUUGCGUCAGUUGAAUCUUUUUCUGAACAUUGUAAAAGACAUUUUAAAAGAUACGAGUGUGUGAUCUGUCAGAAACGUACCCUAGACAAGAAGGCGAUAGAGCAACAUUUCUACACAACGCAUGAGAUAUCUUUAAAAAAAUAUCAAUGUAAUCUCUGUGGGAAGAUAUCUAAUUCAAUAGACAGCCAUCGUUACCAUAGAGAUAGUCAUAAAUCUAGAGUGCAGUGCACAGAUUGUGAGAAGACAUUUAGCCAUAGAGCGGGUCUCGUCAACCAUAGACUGGCGGUACAUGAGUUACAAAACACAUUUCCGUGUACAAUAUGUGAUAAAGUAUUUCGUUGGAGAACAAGUUUGAAACGGCAUCUUGAAAAACAUGAUACUAAGACAAAAGCAACGAAUAGUGGGGCAGCGUUUUGUGUCACUUGUAGUAUAGAAUUCUCAUCAAUAUGUUCCUAUAAGAGACAUUUGCGUAAUAGUUUGAAACACGUAUCAAGAGAUCAACUAAAAUUUAUUUGCGAUCAUUGUAAUAAACGUUUUGCUGACAAAACAAAACUAAGAGACCAUAUAGAAGAUAAACAUUUACAUAAAGUAUAUAACUGUCAUAUAUGUAAUAAGGCCACAAAGAAUCGUGUUGGUUUAGAUCAACAUAUUAGAUAUGUACAUCGUGAUAGACCUAAUAAUAAAAUGUGUCACUACUGCGGUAAAGGAUUUCCAACUAAAGUUCAAUUAGAAUCUCAUAUCCGUACACAUACAGGGGAAAGACCUUUCAUCUGCGAAUAUUGUCCAACGACAUUUUCACAGAAAUCGAAUUUAUAUAAACAUAAUAGACAGGUACAUUUGAAUAUAAAAACUAAAAGAUACAGCAUUUGUAAGAAGAGGAAAGAUGAUAAGAAAGAUAUUUAUCCGUUGGCAGAAGAAAAAAUAAACGAUUCACAAAAGAAUUGUUCUGAUUUAUUUAUUGCUAAAGGAAAUAAUGAAUUUGUUGUUAGUUGGUGA